UAUCACAGUGUACGGUGUGAUCUCGGUCUGCUUAUUCCUUUUUUGACGUCGUUUGUUUGUUUUUCGGAAGGGUGCGACCCCGACGCUGGCGGAUGCGUUUCAUUUGUGAUACUGAUUAUACAGGUGGUGGAUCAUAGUUGUAAAAAUAAAACAAAGAAAUCGCCAUGUCAGAAAUGGUCCCUCCAGAAGUGAAACCCAAACCGGCAGUCCCGGCCAAACCUCCACAUGUUGUUCCGGCCCCUGCCUCAGCCCUUAGCCCACAAGGGUCGGGGGGCGGGCCCCCGUUGCUGGGAUACAUAGGGAUUGACACCAUCAUCCAACAAAUGAGGAAAAAGACCAUGAAGGUGGGGUUUGACUUCAACAUCAUGACAGUGGGCCACAGUGGUCUGGGAAAGUCAACCCUGGUGAACACACUCUUCAAGUCCCAGGUCAGCAGGAGGAGCUCUGCCUGGACUUACGAGAAGAUCCCCAAGACUGUGGAGAUCAGGAGCGUAUCCCACGUGAUUGAGGAAGGUGGGGUGAAGAUGAAGUUGACUGUAACUGACACGCCAGGCUUUGGGGACCAGAUAAAUAAUGAAAACUGUUGGGAGCCAGUCUCCAAGUACAUAAAUGAGCAAUAUGAAAAGUUUCUCAAGGAGGAGAUGAACAUUGCCCGCAAGAAACGUAUCCCAGACACCAGAGUCCACUGCUGUCUGUACUUCAUCUCUCCUACUGGUCACUCUCUGAGACAGCUGGACGUGGAGGUCAUGAAACGCCUGAGCGCCGUGGUGAACCUGGUCCCUGUCAUUGCCAAGUCUGACACUCUGACUCCCGAGGAAAAGAACGAGUUCAAACAAAGGGUGCGAAAGGAGUUGGAGACAAGCGGGAUAGACUUUUACCCUCAGAGAGAGUUUGACGAGGACGUCGAGGACAAGAAUGAAAACAACAAGACCAGGGAGGCCAUGCCCUUCGCAGUGGUGGGCAGUGACAAAGAGUACCAGGUGAACAAUAAGCGUGUUCUGGGGAGGAAGACCCCCUGGGGAGUGGUUGAAGUUGAAAACCCUAAUCAUUGCGAAUUUACCCAGUUGCGAGAUUUUCUUAUCAGGUCUCACCUGCAGGACCUUAAGGAGGUCACUCACAACAUUUACUAUGAAACAUAUCGAGCCAAGAGACUCAACGACAAUGGGGGUCUCCACCCUGUCACCUGUCCAGCAGCUACUGGUGUCGCUGAAAGUAAUGUGUGAAGACAGA